GUGUGGUCGGCUAUAUAAGUGCAUUCAGCAUCUACUCCCUAAGUAACUAUAUACUUCUUUCUGCAAAAAGAAGUGAAGGAGGAGCAUCUCGCCAACUAUCUGGCAACCUACUCGGCUGUACUGGACCUCCUCUAACGAUUGAAGAUUCCUGUUGAUAUCCUGACAUGAAGCUCAAUUUACUUGGUACCACCGUGAUUCUGGUAGUUGCCUUCUUACCGCGCUAUGAAUGUCGAGCUAUUGACAGCCCUGGCGGUGCACUGCGCGUCCUGGCCCCCCAAACCCAAAACUCCCAGCAGCAGCAGCAGCAUCAGCAGCAGCAGCAGCCGUCCGGUCCCAUCCUGGAGCGGGUCGGAGAGGAGUACUUCGUGCGACUGGGCAACGGGGACUCUAACUCUUUCCCAUCGUCGCCCAUGUAUCCCGGCGAGUCGCCCGCCGUCUACAACAGAGCAUUGCAACUCCAGCUGACGCGGCGUCUCUCGCAAGGGAAAGUUGGGAGCAUCGGGGCGCUCAUGGGCGGCUUCGGGGACCGCGGGGACGAGUCGAUGGAGAGGGGAAGGAGGUCCGAAGACCCGCCGAUAUCCCUGGAUCUGACCUUCCACCUGCUCCGGGAGAUGAUGGAGAUGUCCAGGGCGGAGCAGCUGGCCCAGCAGGCGCAAAACAACAGAAGAAUGAUGGAGCUCUUCGGGAAAUGAAGAGCCCCUUUCAGUCCUCCAAAGAUCUCCUUUCCUUUUCUUUUUUUUCUUAAUUUCUUAUUUAUUUCUUAUGUUUUCCUUGCACUUUUUUUUGUUUUACACAAAACAUGCUCUGUACAAUAUAGUGCUGCUGUAUCACUUUAUUAUUUAUAGCUUUAACCUCAAACUAUGGAGCAUAGACGAGCUUGAUCCGAUUGUACCCUGCAUUUUAAUGUUGGUGUCAAAUCUGUAGAAUCAUACCGAUCUUCGCAUCUGAGAUGAAAUACUUCUGUUCAAGACAUUGACUGAAAAAUUGGCAUUUUUUGUUUUAGAUUAUGAAUCAACUGUAUUUAUGAUAUUAUGACUUAUGUUUGUUAAUAAACUUACGUGCAACCAGUCA